AUGGCGACCAUACCCGACCCAGACGACAAUUCAAGUCACGGCUACGACGAAAUCAUCAUCUCUAUCGUGGACUAUGUCUACAACUACGAGAUUACCGAGGAAAAAGCUUGGGUACGGGCCAAGGCGGCUCUAAUAGAUGCCCUUGGGGCCGCGUUAGAAAGCGUCGACAAAAGUCCAGAAUGCGCCCGACUCCUAGGACCGGCUCUUCCCCUCGCACCAGGUGUGUCGGGUCUUUUCCGACUCCCGGGAACAUCCUACCAGCUCGAUAUACUCAAAGGCGCUUUCGAUAUGGGAACGAUGAUCCGGUACUUAGAUCAUAACGAUGCAUUUCCGGGGGCUGAAUGGGGCCACCCCUCAGAUAACCUGGGAGGUAUACUGGCUGCAGCAGAUAUCUGUAGUCAGUUAGCUUUGGUCAAUGGGGACCAAUCGCAGCUUAUCACCAUGGGUCAGGUCUUAUCCGCAUUGAUCAAAGCAUACGAGAUCCAAGGCUGCUUCCAGGUUGCAAACGCCUUCAACAAAGUGGGCCUUGAUCAUGUCAUUCUUGUCAAAGUUGCAUCGACCGCUGUCAUCUCUUGGCUGCUUGGUCUCUCGACCGAGCAAGCCAAAAGCGCAGUCUCUCAUGCGUGGAUGGACGGCCACCCGCUGCGCGUAUAUAGACAGGCCCCGAAUACAGGCCCUCGCAAGGGGUGGGCAGCCGGGGAUGCAUGCAUGCGCGCUGUCCAUCUCGCCUUACUGGCACGCGCCGAUCAGCCGGGCGCUGCGACGGCCUUGACUACCCCACGAUGGGGUUUUUAUGAUGUGUUAUUCAAAGGCAAAGCAUUUGAAUUACCUCGCCCCUUUGGAACGUGGGUCGUCGAAACCGUGCUUUUCAAGAUCAACACAGCUGAGGGGCACGGAAUGACGGCAAUCGAAGCUGCCCUCGAAAUUGGUGACACAAUGCGACAGAAAGGGCUCGAUCCGGCAGUCGACAUUGGAAGUAUCCAUGUACGCACCCAAGAGGCCGGAAUGAUCAUUAUCAAUAAAAACGGGGCGCUACACAACCCCGCCGAUCGCGAUCACUGUCUGCGAUAUAUGGUAGCCGUGGUGUUGCUGAAGGGCGCGCAGAUCGAGACGGCCGAUUACCAAAACAACAGCCGAUGGGCUACUGACGAACGCGUGGAGCUCUUGCGUCAGAAGAUCACCAUGGCCGAAGACCCGACAUUCACCCGCGAUUAUCACGAUCCCAACAUGCGCAGUGUAGCCAAUGCGCUUUCUGUCACCCUGACCGAUGGCACGCAGCUUCCCGAUGUCUUCAUUCCAUACCCGUUGGGCCAUGUCCGUCGCGAGGGAACCCUGGAUCGCGUCCAUCUCAAAGCUGUAAAGAACCUUGAGCUCCGAUUGCCAUCUGCUCGAGUGGAGGAGAUCAUGUCCACUCUUUCAUCCGCAGAAUUUAUUUCACUGCCCGCGUGCCAAUUUAUCCAAAUGUUUCGUCCGUAG